UCAGUAUAAUUUGGCAGUGAUGCGAUGAGCCACAACUUCUUCUCCUUGCCCUUCCUUCUCUGUUCUAUCUUGUUCUUCAUAACUAUUCUAAAACUGGUUAUAAGGAGCUUCAGAAGCAUAGUUCGUGGCAGAAAAGUGGUAAAGCUGCCACCAGGGCCAUGGAGGCUUCCGAUCAUAGGGAGCGUCCACCACCUGGGGGGCUCGCUGCCGCACCGUCGAAUGAGGGAACUGUCGGAGAAAUACGGGCCGUUGAUUCACCUGCAGAUGGGAGGGAUGUCAACGGUGGUGGUUUCUUCUGCAGAAACCGCAAAACAAGUGUUGAAAACGAAGGAUCAUAUAUUCGGUCAGAGGCCUCUUCUUUCAAUUUCUGAUGUUUUGUUUUACGGUCCCAGUAACAUCGUCAUGUCCCCUACUGGAGAUUACUGGAAGCUCAUCAGAAAGAUUUGCUCUCACCAACUGUUAAACGCGACGCGUGUAAGAUCAUUCCAAUCAGUGAGGGAAGAGGAAGCGUCAAGUUUGAUGAGAUGUUUAUAUGCAGAAGCUGGGUCUCCUGUGAACCUCACUCAGAAGAUUUUUGCAACGGCUUGUAGGAUUGCUUCAAGGUCAGCUUUCGGCGAGAAUAAUAUUAAGCACGACAAUGGCCGAGAAGAAGAAGCAAUGAUGUGGCUUUGUGAUGCGAUUACUUCAUUGUCACAUGGUAUCUCCGAUCUGUUUCCUUCACAAAAGUGGCUUCAGGUGGUCACCGGAGCCAGACGCAGGUAUGAGGAACUUCGUCAGAAAAUGGAUGUGGUUCUUGAAAACAUCAUCGCCGAUCACGAUGGUGCUGCAGGAGGACAAGGCGGAGAAGAAGAAAAAGACUGUUUACUCACUGUUCUCUUGAAUUUGGAACGUCGCGGUGAUUUGACCAUCGACAAUGUUAAAGCCGUCAUCUUGGAUGUGAUACUAGGAGCAUUCGAACCAGCAUCAAGACUAGUAGAAUGGGCCAUGGCAGAGAUGGUGAGAAAACCGACAAUAAUGAAGAGAGCACAAGAAGAAGUGAGACAAGUCUUCAAGACCAAGGGAUAUAUUGAUGAAACAAGUAUUGAAGAACUGGAAUACCUCAAAGGAGUGAUCAAAGAGACUUUAAGACUCCAUCCUCCAGCUCCUCUUCUGGCUCCCAGAGAAUGCACAAAGACAUGUGAGAUCAGUGGCUUCACAAUACCAAAGGGAACCCAAGUGCUUGUAAAUGUUUGGGCCAUUGGGAGAGAUUCCAAGUAUUGGAAUUCAUCAUCUUCAUUGUCUGAUGCUGAAGAGUUUGUUCCUGAAAGAUUCAUGAAUAGUUGUGUUGAUUACAGAGGGUCCAACUUUGAGUACAUUCCAUUUGGUGCAGGGAAGAGAGUGUGUCCUGGGAUGUUAUUUGGUCCUGUUGUUGGAGAGAUUCUUCUGGCAAACUUGUUGUGUUAUUUUGAUUGGGAUCUUCCCUCUGGAACCACUCCAAAAACCCUAGACAUGACUGAACUUAUGGGCUCAACUGUGAGAAAGAAAGAUAAUCUCAUCCUAAUUCCUAUUCCUCAUCGUAAUUAAUCUUGUGUGCAAGUAGUUGAUGAAUGACCUUUGGAAAGAGCUUGAGAAUAAGUUAGGUUGUAUAGUUAUGGAUGGCUAUACAAAUCUUGUGAAAUAAAUGCGUAUAUGUAAUAUUUACUUUGACGAUGGUGUAUUAAUAUCAAUGGUUCAAAAUGAAAUUAUAUAUCCUAAGUAGCAGAUUGCGGAA